CCUUCCUUAUAUACACAAGAAAACCCAACGUCGAGUUAACUCUCUGCCUUCUCCUAGUAAACUUCACUGUACUCCGUUUCUGUCUGUGUUUUGAACAGUCAAAGGGUGGUUUUGUGUUUGUUGGGUUUGUGAUCAGAGAGAGAGAGAGAGAGAGAGAAAUUGGAGAUGGCAAAACAGAGCUACUUGAAAAUGAUGACUGAAUCAGAUGCAAAUGAAUUGAUCCACUCAGAUCUCAAAGACGUUGCCACUGCUGCUAAAAAGCUUGCCAACCAUGCCAUCAAUCUGGGCAGCGUAGGCUUUGGCACCUCUUUCCUCAAAUGGGUUGCUGCUUUUGCUGCAAUCUAUCUGUUGAUCUUGGAUCGAACAAACUGGAAAUCAAACAUCCUUACAGGGCUCUUAAUCCCCUACAUUUUCUUUACCCUUCCCUCAAUAUUGUUCAACAUCUUCAGGGGACAGAUUGGACAAUGGAUUGCUUUAGUUGCUGUCAUCUUACGGAUUUUCUUUCCUAAACAUUUCCCAGAGUGGCUUGAAUUGCCGGCUGCGUUGAUUCUCCUUAUAGUCGUUGCUCCUAGUUUAAUUGCAAACACCGUGAGGGGCGACUGGAUUGGCGUUGUAAUAUGUCUCGUCAUCGCUGGUUAUUUGCUGCAAGAACACAUCCGGGCAGCCGGUGGGUUCAGAAAUGCUUUCACAAAAGCCAAUGGCGUAUCAAAUACCGUUGGCAUAGUUAUUCUGUUCGUCUACCCUGUUUGGGCAUUGGUGCUUGACAUCCUAUAGGCUUUACUACCGUUCUUACCAUCAUGUGGGGUCUGUUGUGGUUUGGACAUUGUGUUAAAUUCCUUUUUUGUAUUUAAUUCAUGUAGACACCAACAAAAUUCAUAUUUUCAUUGUGUUUACGUACGAGUCUAGUUUGUAUUUGUGUGAGCAGAAACCUUGUGGAAGAGACUUAUUUCUCUUUGAUGAUGUAGAGAGAGCUCAGUAUUUGUUCAGUGAUUCUUGAUGGACCUUCUCU